AGACAUGCUUACAUCUUUUGAGAAAAAGGAACUGAAGAGCAGGAAGAAAACCAUGGUCUGCUUCAGAAUGAAACUAGAAUGGGAGUGAAGAAAGGAAAUCGGCUGACGCAGGAGCCAGAGUGAGGCCACCAGACUCGCACACCCAGCCUACACCAUGAAUUUGGGUCUACCUUCUACACGUUAAGAGCCCCGGGCAGGUGAAGUUGCCGGAGAGCAAUGGCUCUCUUCACUCCAUGGAAGUUAUCCUCUCAGAAGCUGGGCUUUUUCCUUGUGACUUUUGGCUUCAUUUGGGGUAUGAUGCUAUUGCAUUUUACCAUCCAGCAGCGAACUCAGCCUGAAAGCAGCUCCAUGCUGCGCGAGCAGAUCCUGGACCUCAGCAAAAGGUACAUCAAGGCGCUGGCAGAAGAGAACAGGAACGUGGUAGAUGGGCCAUACGCUGGAGUCAUGACGGCUUACGAUCUAAAGAAGACUCUUGCUGUGCUAUUGGAUAACAUUUUGCAGCGCAUUGGCAAGUUAGAGUCAAAGGUGGACAAUCUCGUUAUCAAUGGCACAGGAACAAACUCGACCAACUCCACCACAGCUGUUCCCAGCUUGGUAGCACUUGAGAAAAUUAAUGUGGCAGAUAUCAUUAAUGGAGCUCAAGAAAAAUGCGUAUUGCCUCCUAUGGAUGGCUACCCCCACUGCGAGGGGAAAAUCAAGUGGAUGAAAGACAUGUGGCGUUCAGAUCCCUGCUACGCAGACUACGGAGUGGAUGGGUCCACCUGCUCUUUUUUUAUUUACCUCAGUGAGGUUGAAAAUUGGUGUCCUCAUUUACCUUGGAGAGCAAAAAAUCCCUACGACGAAACUGAUCAUAAUUCAUUAGCAGAAAUUCGUACGGAUUUUAAUAUUCUCUACAGUAUGAUGAAAAAGCAUGAAGAGUUCCGGUGGAUGCGACUACGGAUCCGGCGAAUGGCUGAUGCAUGGAUCCAAGCAAUCAAGUCCCUGGCAGAAAAGCAGAAUCUUGAAAAGAGAAAGCGGAAGAAAGUCCUUGUUCACCUGGGACUCCUGACCAAGGAAUCUGGAUUUAAGAUUGCAGAGACAGCCUUCAGUGGUGGCCCUCUUGGUGAAUUAGUUCAGUGGAGUGAUUUAAUUACAUCUCUGUACUUACUGGGCCAUGACAUUAGGAUUUCAGCUUCACUGGCUGAGCUCAAGGAAAUAAUGAAGAAGGUUGUGGGAAACCGAUCUGGCUGCCCAACUGUAGGAGACAGAAUUGUUGAGCUCAUUUAUAUUGACAUUGUAGGACUUGCUCAAUUCAAGAAGACUCUGGGACCAUCCUGGGUUCAUUACCAGUGCAUGCUCCGAGUCCUCGAUUCAUUUGGUACCGAACCAGAAUUUAAUCAUGCUAAUUAUGCCCAGUCUAAAGGCCACAAAACCCCAUGGGGAAAAUGGAAUCUGAACCCUCAGCAGUUUUAUACCAUGUUCCCUCAUACCCCAGAUAACAGCUUUCUGGGGUUUGUGGUCGAGCAGCACCUGAACUCCAGCGACAUCCACCACAUUAACGAAAUCAAAAGGCAGAACCAGUCCCUUGUGUAUGGCAAAGUGGAUAGCUUCUGGAAG